UCUAUUGUAUUCUACAACAAAAACAAUCAGAGCGCCUCGCUAUCACUAGUUUUAUUUUGAUCUCCCGGGUCCGCUAUUAGCUUUUAGCCAGUUAGCAUCAGCAAGCGUGGUUGCUGCUAACUGCGCUUACAUUGCUAAUACUCUAUUAACACACACUACCACUGCUGUACUCACUGUUACUUGCUUUAAUGGCGGAUGAAUGUCUCCACUCUGUGCAGCUCGAGCUCGAGGCCGUGGGGAAGCAGAUUCGUGACCUGGAAGAGAGGCAGGCCCAGCUGAGAGAGCGGAGAGCCGCGCUGGAAUCAUCCCGGGCUGAUGCUCACAAGUCCGGGGUAAGUAUACAGCGUGCUGUUAACAGUCCCACCACGUCUACUCCGUGUGUUUCUCUGCGCAGGCCCGGUGCACCCAGGACGCGAUCUUCCCAGAUGUCCUUCACUGCGACGCCGGGACACCACGGACCCUGGGUGCAUCCACAGCGGAGGACACGAGCUGGGUCCCGUGCGACGACUUCUCCCCCUCCUGCCUUCGAGAUCUCCAUCCAGAACCGUUUCGCUCCCCUCCGCGAGACAGGACGCGACGCUGUGAUCAUCGGAGACUCCAUCGUCCGACACGUAAGUGCUACGUUGGCCGAAGGUAAAGUGCACACUCAUUGUUUGCCUGGUGCUCGUGUUCUCGAUGUUUCUGCGCAGAUACCCGCGAUCCUGAAGGACGACGAGAGCCCCAGAGCGGUCGUGCUUCACGCCGGGGUUAAUGACACCACGCUGCGGCAGACGGAGACGCUGAAGAGGGACUUCAGGAGCCUGAUCGAGACGGUUCGCAGCACGACGCCCGCGGCGACGAACAACAUCAGGACCACUGCCCACGUAUCGACGAGGACACGAAAGGUUCAGUAGACUUUUUGCUUUAAAUGAAUGGUUGUUGUCAUGGUGUAAAGAACAGAAACUGCUAUUUGUUAAUAACUGGAAUCUUUUCUGGGAGCGUCCUAGACUGUUUCGCGCUGAUGGAUUACACCCCAGCAGAAUUGGAGCGGAGCUUCUCUCUGACAACAUCUCCAGGACACUUCGCUCCAUGUGACUAGAUUUACACAAGUUCCAGUCUGGAUCCAGAACACCUGAGAAGAGAUGAUGCUGACCCUCAGAGGACCUCAGAUGAUGCUAACCCUGAAUCAACAAACAGAACUAACAAUUAUUGCUAAAUGUGUGACUGAAUCAUAUAAUAACUUAAUUAAUAAUAUUGAUAGUUCAUUGUCUAGCUGACUACGUCUUGUACUAUUAUUAUUAUUAUUUUUAUUUUUUCUAAAAUCCUG